UGUGAACGGUGUUGCGAGGUUGACGCUACUUUCGUGUACAGUACAGCGGUUUUGCCUACAUAUAAGCUGGAGUUAUGAUGCUGAUAGCGUGUCUGGCUGGAAUCACCAUCUUCAUGAUCACCCUUGCUAUCAGAGAGAAGCGUUCGUAGAAAUACUGUUAAAGAGAAACAAGAGAUUCAAAGAUGAGCUUUCUGUCGUCGACGACUCAUUACAAGAUUGCACGCAACAUGUCGGGCCCUCUGGCUGUCGUCACCAUGAUGGUACUCAUCGUCACCGUCACCUUCCUCGCCCUCAGCAACAAGUCCUUGAGGGCGACCUUGGAGGAGGAGCGCACCUUGUCGCUCAAGUCCAUUGUCGAGAAAUCAGACGACCUCUCCGCUUGCAUGUCAGAAUCGAAGUCACUUGAAGAAAAAAUCAAGGAACUUACGGCACAGAAAACGAAGCUCACACGCGAAGCCGAAGAACGAACGAAAGAACUGAGCCAGUUGCAAGAACAAGCCGUCAAGAACCAGCAAAUGACCGAGGAAAUCGAUACCCUGAACGCGAGGAUCCACCAGCUGUCGGAGGACGGGAAGCAGCUCGAGGGGAAGCUCCAGGCGGCGCAGCAGCAGGUAGGAGCCCUCGAAGCCACCAGGAAGGACCUUAGCGAACAGCUCGCCUCGGCGCAGAGGGAGAUCGCGGACGCCAACGCUAAGGCAGGCAACGCUAUUCCUCAAGACCAGCCUGCUCCGGCGGCCCAGCCUGCUCCGGUGGCCCAGCCUGCUCCGGCGGCCCAGCCUGCUCCGGCGGCCCAGCCUGCUCCGGAGGUCCAGCCUGCUCCAGCGGCUCAGCCUGCAGUUUAAUUCGAAGAGGAGAAACGAUCAUUUAACGCUAAACACAGACGCGGGACACAGAGGAGAACCAUCCCCCGGAAAGAAAGGAAUUAAUGUUGGCAAAAAAAA